AUGUCAGACCCCCCCAACAACACCCAAACCACGUUUAGUGGCGGCGACCCUCCUGCCGACAAUAAUUAUACCGACAAUAAUAAUGAACAGACUAAUAUUAAUGAUAUGCAAAAAAUUAUUGCUGUUGAACUGAAGGAGAAAGAAAGUUCUCAUUCCAGAGGACCUCAUUCUCAUGAAGCUCAUCACAUCAAACCCUCGACAAAAAUCCAAAAAAAUAAUGAAAAACCAGACUCCCAUAAAAAAAUUGAAACUAUCCACAAAAAGCUUGAAUCGAAUGAUAAGCAUAAUGCUUCUUCAAACCACGAAACCCCCGUUGAAACCCCUAUUGUGAAUGUUGGUCCAACCUUGAACCCUACCUUUGACUCUUCACCAGAUGGUGGUGAUGUGGAAAUUGACGCAACACCAUCACGUGACAUGGAUGUUCUCAUGCCGGAUGCAAAUCCAUUUGGUGAUAAUUCUGAAGCCUGGGAAUACAUCUUAAAACUUAAGGAUGUAUUUCUGGUUGAAUUGUCUAUUGUUAAAGAAGACUUGAGUAUUACAAUUGAAGAUUGGGAAAUAAAAUUUCAAAAUCUUGAACUUAAAAACAAUGAGUUAGCUAAACAACUCAUUGCUUUGACCGAAAAGCUUAAAGCUUCAGAAGGACAAGUGAAUUCUCUUCGCUCAGAACUUGAUGUUUUGAGAAACAAUCAGGUUCACACAGAAGUUAAACAUCUACGCAAAAAGGAAAUCAAGAGUGCGGUAAGAAAAGUCGACACUUUGCCUUUUGCUUUGACCCCUAAAACUCCAAAUGGAGCAACUCCAAAGUUGAAAGACAUUAUGAAGGCUCAAAAACAACACCGUGAAACUAAAGUUGAUGAAGACAAACCCACUUUUAGAGUGUGCAUAAGAAUUCCAGAUACCAUGAAAAGAGUUAAUAUCCCUGCGAUUGGAAAGAAAAUUGAUGCGGUUGCACAAAAGCCGGUGGCUCAGGAAAUAGGCUAUACUGUCAAAGGGCAUUUAUAUGUUCAACUUAAUGACAAAGAUUUUGCUGAUAAAGCUGCAGAAUGGAUCCCCAAAGUUGACCCUACUUAUUCAGUGCUUGACACAGAUUCUUGGUACAAGGCUGUACUUCAGGAAAUACCUAAUACGGCAUCGAUUGAAGACUUGAAAGAAACUCUCUACAAUUUUAAUGAUUACCAUAUUGUUUUGAAUACCGAACCCAAAAUCAUUAGCAGAAACCAAUUUACCCAAACAGCAUUGGUUUCAUUCAGAAAUGCCCAAGACUAUGCAAAGUGUGCUGAUAAUCUUAUUAUCCAGUACACAAAAGUUAAAGUUAGACCUUUUAUUAGCAGAAAAAAAAAAACUCCUGAAGAACUCCAAGCUAUGCAUUGGGAAAAGUUUGACAAGGAGCUUUCUUCUGCCAUUAAAGAUUUUAAUGUGCAUAACAAAACUCUAAAAUCAACUGACCAAAUUGAUGACCAAGCUAAAGUUCUUGAGGAGGUUGUAAAAAGAGCAAUGGCAAAGUCGAUGAAGGAAGUUAAGGUGAUGAAAAAGUCCAAACGCUAUUGGAAUCAAGAAUUAAGGGAGAAACAUGAAAUAUGGAAGGCACUUCUACCUGAAAUUGAUCAUGGUCUUGAUAGAGAGUUUGAAAUUGAUAACGAUUCUCGAUGGCCAAAAUUAGAGUUUGAUGAAGUUGACUCUGCAUUGGCUGAUACCCCAAAUGAUAAAGCUCCAGGAGACGAUGGAAUUACUGGCAAAGUUUUAAAGAUGGCAUGGCUAAAUAAAGACUUUAAGGAAAGGUUUUUCAAGCUUCUCCAAGCUUGUGUAAAGUUUGGAUACCACCCAAAAGUCUGGAGACAUGGCAUUAUUGUUGUUAUACCUAAACCUAAGAAACCUGACUAUUCAAAGCCAAGAGCAUACCGACCAAUUUCCUUACUUAAGAUUCCAUCUAAAGUACUGGAAAAAAUUAUACAAAAAGAAUGA